AGAUAUCUGGUGCGUCUUCCGAACAUCGGGCCGCGCACACCCGCUCCCUGCUUAUCCUGCGGGGAUCUCCCCAGACUCACUUCAUCAAUCAUGGCGCGUCCAAAGGUCCUGCCUGCGAACCGCUUACGCGCUAAUACUGCUUGUACUGCUUGUCGCUCAUCGAAGAAGCGCUGCAGCGGCUCAUUUCCAUGCACUAAUUGCAUCAGUAAGGGCCGCAGCCGGACGUGUACACCAUUCAAGUCUUUCGAUACUAGCCUCCGCAAUCGCCCUGUACAUGCUGCAGCUGAAAACACUAACUCUCCGCCAUGGAGAGAAACAGUACCUGGAACACAGGUCUCUGCCAGGUCUCAUACAUUGGAGAUCGUCAACCCUAGGCGCGAGUCCAACACGGCGUGGGAGCCGGGAUCACACUCCCCCGAAGCUACACAUCGGACUCACCCACGGAUGCUCCGCAACCUACAUGGAGAAAGAGUUUAUGUCGGAAAGGCUGCUUCUUUGUCAUUCCUACAGUUGUUGCGGGAUACCGUCACUCAGCACAUUGGACCAUCACAGUUCUCCCACAAUGUGCGAAGCGAGGAUAUGUUAGAAACAGAAGCCCAUCAUGAUGAAUUGAACUUCUCCGAAGAGCGUUGCAGCGUGGACGAGAAGCGCCAGUUCAUCCAAAACUAUGACGCAGUGACAAGCAGCUUCCUGUAUUUAGGAUCCAGCGGUGGUAUUUUAUCUACAUUAACGGACCCAGCGGAGCCGAAGACCGACAAAGAAAAAACAAGAGCGGCCAUUGUAGACCUAAUGGUUGCCAUUGGAGCUCAAACGUGCCUCAAUGAGCCCGAGACUGUUCAAAUGGAACGCUUUUACUUUGCGCGCGGUCAAAGUAGAACGUUUGCGAAUUUUCUGGAAGAUCCAAGCAUGGAUUUGAUACGAGUCUUCCUAUUAAUGUCAUUCUACAUGCUCGGAGCCUGCCGCCGGAAUGCUGCCUUCAUGUACCUCGGUGUGGCUUCACGCGCUGCAGUGGCUUUAGGCUUCCACGUAGACCCUUCAGGAUCAAUGAGCCACGAUGAGCAUCGUGAAAGGUCGCGGUUAUGGAUGAGCCUUUGCGUCCUUGACCUUAUGGUCAGUUCAAUCCUUGGACGUCCUUCCGCAAUAUCCCCUUUGUUGCCAGAGAAUCGACAAAAUACCAGUCACGGAAGGACUGAUUCCGCCGCUACAGGGCUGGUGGCUUCGUAUCAUUUAUCGUUUAUUUUGGACGAGAUAGUCAACCGCUUAUAUAGCGAGAAGGCUGCAUCUACAGAAACAGCAGAUAUGCUGUUGGGAAAACUCAACUAUUGGAGCGAGAAUCUCCCGCGCUCAUUGAGAACUAGGGCUUUAGGUCAGGAAGAUGAGAGUGCCGCCCGAAAACAUAUAAUUGGGAACAUGCACGUAGCUUGCUCAUAUCAUUUCGCUGUUAUCUUAGUCACUCGACCAUUUCUCAUAUCGGCAUUGAGUAUCCGGCUGGCCCGGCUUCAUCAGAGUCUCUCAACUGGCACAGCCAGUGAACCACCCGAAGAGGACUCAGCUCAUUCCCGGUUGGCAGCGGCGUGUAUUGACUCGGCUGUCUACAUGCUACAGACAUGUCUGGAAGUCCUCCAGUCGGGGCUGCUCUUCCAUAACCAGUGUAUUUUAAAAGCUUUUGUGUUUGCCGCCGCUCUUGUACUCGGGUUCUCAAUGUUUUCUCAUCGCGAGGUUGAUACCGAGAUUGAUAGUGCGUUUCGCGGUGCUCUUACAAUUCUGCGCAUGCUAGCUCCGCAGUCUGCUCAAGCGGCCCAUUACCUCGAGAUUACAACUAUGCUUGAGUCUGCCAUUACCCAGCAGCGUCAGAAACUCGCAGCCCAUUCGCGACAGCGAAGAAGCCAAUACGUGAACCGAAUAUUCAGCUUGAGCGAGAACCCAGUCACGCCGCAAGAUCGGCCUGAAAGUGUCAACCAAACAGGACCCUCGACCCCACGACUUGCGCCGGGUGUGCCAUCUUCGUGGUUACAGUCGGAGGAUGGAACAGGUGCUGUCACACCUUUGCUUGAAGGGACUUUACUUGAAUGGGAGGGAAUGGACCUGCCAAUGUGGGACAGUUUCCCAUUUCUCACCGAGGCUUCAAUCCUUUGA